AUGCGACGGCGUUCAGACUCAUGGCUGAAUGCGACACAAAUUCUGAAAGUUGCGGGGGUGAUGAAGGCAAGAAGAACCAAGACUCUGGAAAAAGAAGUUGCCGCCGGUGAGCACGAGAAAGUACAAGGGGGCUAUGGGAAAUACCAAGGAACCUGGGUCAAUUAUGAGAGAGGUGUUGAACUGUGCCGCCAUUAUCAUGUUCUUGAACUCCUGCGCCCUCUUCUUGAGUAUGACAUGGGCCAGGACGGUACUGGGCCCGCGGGUCGCGGAGCUGUGGAAACUCCGACCAAGGAGCAAGCGAUGGCCGCGCAAAGAAAGCGGCUCUACCGGACAAUGGACGGGCAAGGAAUGAGUCAAACCCAGCAGGGCACUUACUUCCAAAACAUUUCACGCACAGCCGUUAGUGCUGUAAAUGCGAUAAACAAGGCUCGGUUCGAUUCGCCCUUGGGGAAAGGACCAGAUGGCCGACGUUCAAGCAUGAAGGUACCUUCCCAUGUGGGCAGUCAAGAGUCGCAGAUUCAGUCCGGAAGCCAGCAGAGCUUGCAUAGCAUUGCGUCGGACAGCGGCUUUGGUAGUAACAUGCAAAAUAGUCAGCAGGCAGGCCUUCUUGAACAUGCCGAUGAACCGUUAGAACCUCCUAGGAAACGAAUGCGCUCGCUAUCUGCUCAUGAAAGAUCGUUCCAGUCGCCAAAUGGCAUUGGCCCUAACAGUUCUCUGAUUGAACCGUCGCCGACUGAGCCAAACGACUCGUUUUAUCAAGUGCAUCCUGGGGCUGGGUUGCCAGGUGGGUCAGCACGGGGUCUUCAUCAUCUUCCUGCUGCCACCACCCCAGACAGGUACCAAAAAAUGAAACUUGUCAUGACUUUAUUCUUGGAUAAACGCGCCAAGGAUUUUUCUAACCAUCCCGCUUUUCUUAAUCUAUCUGCCGAGGAUUUGGAGAUUCCCUUGGACAAAUACUACAACAGUGCCUUACAUUGGGCUGCCAUGCUUGCUCGGAUGCCUUUAGUCCAUGCCCUCAAGGCCAAAGGUGUUAGCAUUUACCGUUUGAAUGGUGCUGGAGAGACGGCUCUGCAAAAGGCGGUUGGAACUAGGAACAAUCUCGAUUAUCGCAGUUUUUCCAAGUUACUGCACGUAUUAAGUCCUACCAUUGAGAUAGUUGACUACCAUGGGCGUACCGUUCUUCACCAUAUCGCCAUGAUGGCUGCGACCGGUGGUGGAGGGCAUGUUGCCGCAAAACAUUAUCUAGAAUCCCUGCUUGAGUUCAUUGUGCGCUAUGGCGGACCUGCAGGGUCUAUCAACGCAUCUGCCAAUGGCUCUAGCGAUCAACCAACGGCUGGGGUGAUAGGUCUGGGCAAAUUUAUGUCUGAGAUGGUAAACAUUCAAGAUGACCAGGGUGAUACCGCCUUGAAUUUGGCUGGUCGUGCGCGGACUGUUCUUGUCCCCCAAUUGCUCGAAGUCGGUGCAAAUCCCCAUAUAGCGAAUAACACAGGACUCCGCCCGGCAGACUAUGGAGUCGGGGUCGACAUGGUCAAUGGCGGCCUGUCGGGGCAGAAUGGGGAUUCGGAAUCGUUUGCUAAUCGGCUUUCUAAAACUCGACGAGAGUUACUUGACUUAACUAUUUCCCAAGUCUCAUCCCUCGUUGAACAAUCAUUCAGUAGCAUCGAUAAUGAAUAUUCGUCUGGUUUAGGAAAGAAGCAAGAAGAAUUCGAACACUGGCACAAUAAAAUCCGUGAAAGUGCGAAAGCUAGACAGAUUGAACAAAAGCAAUUAGAUGAAUUGAAGCAGAGAGCCCGAGAUCUCGUCGAACUUGAUAGGCAAAUAAAGAACCUCGAGCGCUCAUCAGAAGAACUGACUGCACUCCUUAAGUCGAUCCAGGGUGAUCAGUUUAACAAGAAAAUUUUAAGUAUUGGAAAUGCUGACGAUGCUCUUGGGUUCGACAUGUCUCAAUUUAAUACUCUUUUCCCGGAUGACUUUGACAUCUCAACGACAGCCAGGUUUUCGGACCAGCAAGUUGCAUUCCUCCAGUCACUCCCCAGUGUUGAAAUCCUAACAUCCCAGCUUGGAUGUUACCGCGAGCACAACGCUGAAAUAUGCAAAGAAGUGGAGAGUCUGAAGUCGAAAAACGUCGUCUUAGGCGAGAAUUAUCGGCGGAUGGUCAUGGCUUGCACAGGGUGGACUGAGAAACAGGUGGACGACGCAGCAGAUGGCCUGACGGAGUGCAUCAAAGAUUUAAAUGAGCAUCCCCUACCAGAGGACGUUGCGAUCGAAAUCCUUAUGAAGGAUCGCGGGCAGGACUGGUAA